AUGGCCGCAGCUACCUCCACACCCUCGCUCAAUGCAUGGUUCUCGCGUCACCUGCGAUGUUCUCGCUUCACCUACCUUCGCAUUGUCGAACAUGUUCAAACGGCGUGA